CAAAAAGAGUCAAUGGAUAAAAAAGAAAAAGAAUAAAAUUGAAGAAAGGACUGUCCACCGACCCACACGCUUUUCUAAUUUUAACGCAAUACAAAUCCCACAUCGGCCACCGCCAAUUUCCUCCUCCAGAUUCAAAUACACAUUCUCGUUUUUUGCUCCGCCGCCGUCUCCGUCGCUUUUUUUUUUCUUUUUUUUUUUUUUUUUAAUUUUCUUCUUUCUUUCUCUGAUUGUUUAUCAAUCAAUUAAUCAAUAGCAUUGUGUUCGUCAUUUGUGAAAUCCCCGGCCGAUAAUGGCUGCACUAGCAGUUGAGCAGCUUAAUCAAUUACGAGACAUUUUUGCACGAUUUGACAUGGAUUCAGAUGGAAGUCUUACAAUUCUUGAAUUAGCAGCAUUGCUUCGAUCUCUUGGUUUGAAGCCAUCCGGUGAUCAAAUCCAUGUUCUUCUUGCUAAUAUGGAUUCAAACGGUAAUGGAUCUGUUGAGUUUGAUGAAUUGGUGACAGCGAUUAUGCCGGAUUUCAACGAAGAGGUAAUGGUAAAUCAAACGCGACUUCUGGAGGUUUUCCGUUCGUUCGAUCGAGAUGGGAAUGGAUAUAUCACAGCGGCGGAACUGGCGGGAUCUAUGGCGAAAAUGGGACAGCCAUUGACGUACAGAGAAUUAACGGAGAUGAUGAAGGAAGCAGAUACGGAUGGCGAUGGAGUUAUUAGCUUCAAUGAAUUUGCAUCUGUAAUGGCUAAAUCUGCCGCUGAUUUUCUAGGGCUUGCAAUUUCUUGAGCGAAUUAGGUCAGAAUUGUUUCUCCUUCUUCUUCUUCCUCUUCUUCUUCUUCUUCUUCUUCUUCUCUUCAAUUUGAAAGUGUAAUAUAAUUAUCAAAAGUUUUCCCUCACUCUUAUCUAAUCAACAAACACCAACCCCCCGCCCCACCAUCAUCUUAGAAUUUUCCAUUAACUUAGCGUUUGAUCAUCCUAACAAACUUCCGAACUUUUUCUUUCCCAUUUAAAUCUCUAUUCACUUUGUUUAUACGUUGUAAUAAAUUUUCCCUCCAUAUUAACUUUUUAAAAGACAGAUACCAAUAAAGCUGUU